CCUCCCGGAGCAGCGUGUGGGGCCGGCGGGGCGUCGGGCGCCCGCAGAGUGGGGACGGGCGGGCGGCAAGGGGGGGGGGUGCCGCCGCCGCUGCCGGGAGCAGGAGAGUGACCUCUCGCCUCUGAGACCAGUGGACAGCCUCUGCCACUCAGCCUUACCUAGCACAAUGUCAGGCCACCACACUCCCUCUGCUGGGGGUCCCUUCUCGGCACUCACCCCCAGCAUUUGGCCGCAGGAGAUCCUGGCAAAAUACACCCAGAAAGAAGAGUCCAUCGAGCAGCCCGAGUUCCACUACGACGAAUUCGGUUUCCGAGUUGAUAAGGAAGACGGUGCUGAGACAAACUCCAGCAAGCUCCUGGGGCUCCCGCUGGCAGAGGAGCCGCAGCAGAGGCUCAAGUGGCAGGCUCACCUGGAGUUCACGCACAACCACGACGUGGGCGACCUCACCUGGGACAAAAUCGAGGUCACCCUGCCUCGCUCAGACAAGCUGCGCUCGCUGGUGCUGGCUGGCAUCCCACACAGCAUGAGGCCACAGCUGUGGAUGCGCCUUUCUGGGGCCUUGCAGAAGAAGAGAAAUUCCGAGAUGUCGUAUCGGGAUAUCGUGAAAAACAGCUCUAACGAUGAGACCAUUGCUGCAAAACAGAUUGAAAAGGACUUGCUCCGCACGAUGCCCAGCAACGCCUGCUUCUCCAACACGAACAGUAUUGGGGUGCCACGGCUACGCAGGAUCCUACGGGGACUUGCCUGGCUCUACCCCGAGAUUGGAUAUUGCCAAGGCACCGGCAUGGUGGCUGCCUCUCUGCUGCUCUUCCUGGAAGAAGAAGAUGCCUUCUGGAUGAUGUGCGCUAUCAUUGAAGAGCUGGUUCCUGCCUCCUACUUCAGCACCACCCUGAUGGGGGUGCAGACAGACCAGCGCGUCCUGCGGCAGCUCAUCGUGCAGUACUUGCCCCGCCUGGACAAGCUGCUCCAGGAGCACGACAUUGAGCUGUCCCUGAUCACCUUGCACUGGUUCCUCACCUCAUUCGCUAGCGUCGUCCACAUCAAGCUGCUGCUGCGCAUCUGGGACCUCUUCUUCUACCAGGGCUCCCUGGUGCUGUUCCAGCUCACGUUGGGCAUGCUCAGCAUGAAGGAGGAUGAGCUGAUCCAGUCCGAGAACUCUGCCUCAAUCUUCAACACGCUGUCGGACAUCCCCAGCCAGAUUGAAGAUGCCGACGUGCUGCUGCGGGAGGCCAUGCGCGUGGCGGGCUCGCUGACAGACGUGGCGGUGGAGACCCAGCGCCGAAAACACUUGGCCUACCUCAUUGCCGACCAAGGGCAGCUGCUCAACUCCAGCACCACUGUCAACAAUUUGUCCAAAAUUGUGCGGCGCAGGACUCAGCGCAGGAAAUCUGGCAUUACCUCUCUGCUUUUCGGGGACGACGACCUGGAGGCACUGAAAGCCAAGAACAUCAAGCAGACGGAGCUGGUGGCUGACCUUCGCGAGGCCAUCCUCCAGGUGGCCCGGCACUUCCAGUGCGUGGAUCCCAAGAACUGCAGCAUUGACCUGACUCCGGACUACAGCAUGGAGAGCCACCAGCGGGACCACGAGAACUACGUGGCCUGCUCCCGCAACCGCCGGCGCCGCGCCAAGGCUCUGCUGGACUUUGAGCGCCACGACGACGACGAGCUGGGCUUCCGCAAGAACGACAUCAUUACGAUCAUUUCCCAGAAGGACGAGCACUGUUGGGUGGGAGAGCUGAAUGGGCUGAGAGGUUGGUUUCCUGCAAAAUUUGUGGAGAUCUUGGAUGAGAGAAGCAAAGAGUACUCCAUUGCUGGCGACGACUCGGUCACGGAAGGGGUGACGGACUUGGUGCGAGGCACGCUUUGUCCAGCCCUCAAGUCCAUAUUUGAGCACGGACUGAAGAAGCCGUCGCUGCUGGGGGGCGCCUGCCACCCCUGGCUGUUCAUCGAAGAGGCUGCAAGCAGGGAAGUGGAAAGGGACUUUGACUCCGUGUAUUCUCGCCUCGUGCUCUGCAAGACUUACAGGCUCGAUGAAGACGGCAAAGUCCUCACUCCAGAGGAGCUGCUUUACCGGGCAGUUCAGGCUGUGAACAUGACGCACGACGCCGCACACGCACAGAUGGACGUGAAACUUCGUUCCCUCAUCUGUGUCGGACUCAACGAGCAAGUGCUACAUUUGUGGCUGGAGGUGCUGUGCUCAAGCCUGCAGACCGUGGAGAAGUGGUUCCAUCCCUGGUCAUUCCUGCGCAGUCCCGGCUGGGUGCAGAUCAAGUGUGAGCUGAGAGUCCUCUGCAAAUUCGCCUUCAGCCUGUCUCAGGACUGGGAGCUGCCGAUAAAGAGGGAGGAGAAGGAGAAGAAGCCGCUGAAGGAAGGGGUGCAGGACAUGCUUGUGAAGCACCAUCUCUUCAGCUGGGACAUAGACGGGUGACCCACACCCCGCCCCGGCCCGGGGAACCUUCUCAACGGCACACGCUCCUCUCCCCCACCCCCGUCAUCUCACACCCCCUCCCCUCCCCACGCUUGUACCUGUGACAAAAUCCCCCUCGGGGGGCUGCCGGCACACCGGGCACCGACGGCAGCAGUGCCACAAGGCCGAGCUGCAGACCCGAGGGCGGCGAUGGUCAAGGUUGAUGCUGCACAGCGACAAGUGUGCUCCGGCCAGAAAAACCAACGUCCCCCCCGGCCUUCCCUGUCUCUGCAACCCCCGUUUCCCUGCCUCCCCCCAGCGCAGGGGGUGAGCGGCGGGGCCCUGCAGGCCAGCAGCUGCGCGUGCUUCGAGCGCUGCUGUCGCUGCGGGGAAGGGGCAGCCCUCGUGGGGUGGCUUCGGGCUGCGGAAGCCGGUGCCGUGGGCAGGAGGCACCGCGGACGCGGGGGGGGAAUCGGGCUGUGGGAGCAGGGCCGGCGCGGCUGCUCCUGGCCAGCCGGGGGCUCGCCUCCAUCGGGGAGAGGGGAGGCGAAGCCCGAAGCACUUGGACGAGUUCCCCUGACCUGGAGCCGGGGCAGGGAAGGGGAACCGGCAUCGGCCUCGUCCCAGUGCUCUGGCGGGUGGGGUGCUGAGAAGCGCUGCCCGACUGCACCAGCCUGGUACCGCCGAACAGCCUUAGGGGAUGGGCCUUGUCUCCUCUGCGAGCAGAGAAAAACCAACACUCCCCUAAAAAACAAAAACGAGUGUUUCAUGCUGUCAUUUUAGUCUCUAGGUGAUUUUUACUGUUAACCAAAAAGCUGUAAAUUAUCUCCAGGACCGUGUGUAUAUUUUGGCACUGUUGUAGCUCAGGAUGGGGUUCAGGUCGGAGCUGGCUCAGGGAGACUAACUCGUCCUCCUGGCCCUGCGGUGGCGGCAGGGACAGGUCGGGAGUGGAGAAUUGCUGCUUUGUGGUGGUGGCUCUGGAUAUGGAGUCUGUGACUUUCUACUGAAAGCGCUUGUCUGUGAGCACAAACUACUCGUGAAAUGACACUAGAUUCUUACUUUCCUUUAUUCCGUGGGUUUGUAAAUAAACUGCAUCUUGGGA